AUGGAAGAAGACCAAAGAAAGAGGCGCAAAAAUAAUGUGGCCAUGUGGAAAUACAGACGAUCUUGGAACAACCGCUUUUUCCGCGAAAAUCCACCAUUUGUUUCUGUUCAAAUUGGCAGUGAUUAUUACGAGCAUGGGGGUGAAAACAUUGGUGUGCAGGAAAUUUACUUUUAUCCCACAUAUGAUCCCAAAACAUUAAACAAUAAUCUUGCUAUCAUAAGACUGUCGAGGCGAAUAAAUUUCCAUAAGAAAAGCAGAAGGGUUAGAAAAAUCGAUAUCGAUAGGAACCCUUCUAAAUGGAAACCAAACAAACGUUUUGACCUCGUAACUGUUAUUGGUUGGGGAGCUAGGGACCGUGACGCUGGAGGACCAGCAGUUGUCAACGGCAUAUUAUUGGGUGUAAUUAGCUUUGGUUCUCCAAUAUGCGGAUCGCCUGAUUCACCUACCGUCUUUACCAAACUUGGGUUCUAUGGUGAUUGGAUUGACGAAAUCUUGGAAAAGGAAGUGCCGUAUACCUACAAAAGGACUACAAUUCAACUAGUUCCUAGGCCAUUUACCGUCAUAGAAAAAUUCACGACAGCAAAAAAAAUAAUGACCCCGUUGGUUACCACGCCAGAACUAACAGUUAUUGAUAAUGUAGAGGCACUCAGAAUACUACAAACAGAUGGUUAUGAUAAAUUUUCAUCUUCAAGUUUUGAUAGUAAAGAACCUUUCGAAAAAAUCAAGAGAGAAUUAAAAGAAAUUACACACCAACCCUUUAACACAAACAAGAAUCCAGAAGACAUAAGUAGACAGACAGUCAAAGUAACCGCUAUUAUACCGAUUAUUGAAUCUACAAAGAAAGGUGAAACGUACUCAGAGCUGGAUGAAACUGAGGAAAAUGAAAGCAAUGAUGCACCUAUCGAAACAGUUACAGAAAGUGCUGAAAGGAUAACAGUCUUAGGAAACCUUGAAGAAAAAGAAGACAUUAAAAAUAAUCUUAAUGCCUUAGUUCAUAAUUUAAAUAUAGACAAGCUUUUAAAUGAAAUGGAGAACAAUGCAACAAAAACAGUUAUAUCAGAAAAGUACAAUGUCUCAGAGAAUUUUUUCAAUACUAUAAACCAAACGUCUUCUGUUAAUUACUUAUCUUUAUCCAACGAAGAUGAAGAGGGCUUAAAUAUACCUGUGGCAUCUUUCCGCAAUCCGGCGCUAAAACUUGUACCUAGGACUCGUGACUAUGAUGAAGUAUCAGAAUCGUUGUUGUUUGAGGUAGUAUCGAAAGCUAUCGAAGAAGAAAUAAAACUACAAGUGAGAGAAAGGAAAAAUUUAAAGGGAUAUUCCUCUUAG